AUGGGUUGCGUUGCUAGCCGCCAGGAGGUGUACGAUGAAAUCCCAGAGUCUGCCGAGUUCUUUAGAAGGUAUGCGCUUGGCAAGAAGCUGGGUGAAGGAGCCUUUGGCCAGGUGAGGUUGGCCACCGAGAUCACAACGAAGAAGGAGUUUGCGGUGAAGGUUGCGGAUGUUCGAACACAGGAGAGCCGCAACGUUGUGGGUGUGAGCAAGCGAAGAAAAAGGAACAUCGAGCGAGAGAUCUACAUGUGGCGACUUGCCAGUGAAGCCAAAAUCACGCAAGUCACAAGCUUAGAAGCCGCCUUCUACUGCGGCGGGUUUUAUUACAUGGUCUGCGAGAUCUGCAAGAGAAAUCUCAUGCAGCACCUACUGCAUGUCAAGACUCUUGCCGAAGACGAGUUUGCUACACUGGCCUCGGAGAUGCUGAAAGGAAUCCAUCAUCUCCACACCAUAGGGCUCGUGCACAGAGACAUCAAGCCAGAGAAUUUCUUGUGUGCGGACAAGACUGGCUUCCAGCUCAAACUCUGCGAUUUUGGCCUUGCAUUGAAGCAGCCGAGAAAGGGGAAGCUAUCCGGCAUUGGUGGCACCGCCCCUUACAUGGCCCCGGAGACCUUGGUGCUGCGAAGGGGGCUGCAGUCCAAACCCACCUUCCACAAGGAAGUGGAUGUAUGGGCCUUCGGAGUAAUCCUUUACCUCAUCCUCUUUGGCAAGUUUCCGUACAUGCCACCUGGAGAGGCCACGGCUGAAACAAUGAAGCAUGCCAUCAAGCACGACAACCCUCCUCUUCACUUCCCGGAGUCGCAGUCCUCGCUUGCCUUGAUGCUGACCACGCGGGUACUGGUUCGAGAUCCCCGUCGGCGCAUUACAGCCAAGGAUGCCCUGCAAGACCCAUUUGUUCUUCAGGCCAAUGCGCAUGCCAGUCGACAAGACUCGCGGGGAAGUGACCUGCGGGUGUCUGUGCGAGAUGCAAAGGACAUGGCGGAGAAGUUGAGGGAGUUCCAAAUCAGCGAAAACACGCAGCAAGACUUAGAAAGCCGGCUGAAGACUGUGACGGCGAAAAGUGGUGGUAUCUGGUUCUCCGAAGGAGAUGAAACGCUCGUCUCGCCAACCCAGUCCCUGAACUCAGUUUCUGCGCGGGCGGACUCGAGAAUCAAGAAGGACAAGAAGCCAGUCUCACGCGACAAAUUCGGAACACAUUCCGGUGUCGUCUCCGAG